GUCCCCAAAAAUAAUUGAGCUAGCCCAGCAGCCCUAGCGCCACCGCCACCGCCGUCGCCCUCUCCCGUGCACCGCCGCUGCAUUUUCCUGGCGAACUCCUCCUCCGCGACCCGGCCGAGAUGGGGAGUACCUCAUCCAUGCUCACCCAGUACGACAUCGAGGAGGUCCAGGACCACUGCAGCCACGCAUUCUCGCAGCAGGAGAUCGUGUCGCUGUACCACCGCUUCUGCCAGCUCGACCGCAACGGCGGCGGCUUCGUCUCCGCCGACGAGUUUAUGACUGUCCCCGAGUUCGCCGUCAACCCCCUUUCCCAGAGGCUCCUGAGGAUGUUGGACGGACUAAACUUCAAGGAGUAUGUUGCCUUCUUAUCGGCGUUCAGUCCCCACACGAGUCUGCAGCAAAAGAUUGAAUUUAUUUUCAAGGUCUACGACACUGACUGCAAUGGGAAGGUUGCGUUUGAUGACAUCUUGAACAUAUUGCGAGAUCUGACUGGUUCUUUUAUGACGGAGCAACAGAGGCAGAAAGUCUUGACUCAUGUUUUAGAAGAAGCUGGCUAUACAAAAGAUUCGAAUUUCACUCUGCCAGACUUUGUGAAGGUAAGCUCCGAUCUACCUUUUUUGUAUUGAAUUGAAUCUGUCUGGAACCUUAAUGUAUGAGAAUAUGGUCUGCACCAGAGUAUUACCAGCAUGCACAUUAUUCUACCAGGGUAAGAAAAAUAUUUUUUGUUUCAAAGAAGAUAUGUUGUUUGAUAAACAUACUUUGAAUUUGACGUAAUGCGGUAAGGGAACCUGCAGCACAUUCAUUAAACUAACAAAAAGCUUACAGGCCUAAGUAGGUACAACAGAGCUAAAAGGAUCCUACCAGAGGUAGGGAAGGUUGGUCUAAAAUUGAA